AUGCCCGGCGCCUACUUAUCAACUCCGGACAAGGAGACAAGGAGAAAAUCGUCGAAGCUCGAAAAAAUGGAAUGUCUAGAAAAGCCGUCGCUGAGCUCUUCCGCUGUACCGAAACAACUGUGUCGCUUGUUGUCACCAGGGCCAAACUCGCGGGAAACGUUCAUCGUGCCACAAAAAGUGGACGUCUACCAGUUACAACUUUACAAGAAGACAAUGCGCUCGUUCUGGCCCACAAGAAGAACCCAAAUC